CUGGCUGUCAUUUGGUUAGUGUCAAGUCAAUGUCAACUGCUUCAUAUAAGGAAGUCACUUGCGAAAUUAAAAUUAUGUGAUUUAAUACAAAUAUACAAGCAAAAUUUUAGUAUAAUCACAUAAAAUCAUAAAAAUGGAACUCCCAUACGAGGUAUUGGUUUACCUAUUCAAGUAUUUGCCGAAAUCUGACAGGAAAUCUGCAAGUGAAACAUGCCACUCAUGGUACCUAGCUGCUAAUGACCACAGCUUCUUGAAAAAUAAAGUAGUCAUAUUCUUCAAAUCACAGUUGAACGAUGAAGUGACGUCUCCAAUCAAAAUUUUCGAAAAUUCGGCUAUAAUGUAUUACAAUUAUGUGUUUAAUGAAGUUGAAAUAUCAAACAAGUUGAAUUUCUUCUGGGACAUUGUGGGUGAGCACAUGAAAAGCUUAACAUUAAUCAACUCAGACAUAUGCGAGAAAGUCUUUGUAUAUAUGUUACACAAGUGUAUUAAUUUAGAGUCCUUAACUAUUCAAUCAUGCAAGGAACUGUUCAUGUCUGGCCGUUUAUUGGAAGGAAAGACUGAUGGCUUGUUAUCCAAUAGCCUUGAAAAUUUGAAAAUGCUUAGUUUGGCAGGAAAUCAAUACCUUACUGAUGCACUUUUUAACAGAUUUGUAGGAGCUGCUCCUUCUUUGGUAGAACUAAAUUUGUCAGGAUGUUCUUUACAAUUCCAUUUAGGUUUAGUAAAAAAGUUUUAUCCUUCAAAUUCAGACAUUUUUCGAAAUCCAUCUGAAAGUGUGUUAACAUUUUAUUUUGUACUACAUCUUAUUGCAUCCAGGGCUCGAAGCAUAAAACACUUACUAUUUUCAAACACUCUCAUAGAUGGGUCAGCUCUAAAGUCAUUGUCAGAAAUUGAGAACUUAAAGUUGGAAACCCUCAAAGUGCAUUCUUGUGACCAACUCACAAAUACUGGAUUUAUAUCAAUGACAUCACAUCAGGUUACCUUAAAGGUCUUAGACAUUGGUUUAUGCACUCGAGUAACAGAUCAAACUUUAGUUUACAUAUGUAAAGAUCUAGUCAACUUGGAACAUCUCAAUAUUCAACGUUGUAGAGCUGUUACUGACCUAGGUGUAGCAGAACUACAUAAACUUAAGAAAUUGAAAUCAUUAAACAUUUCUGAAUGUGAAUUGAUUACCAAAGAUGGGCUCGAAAAAGGUGUCUGCUCGGAAGUAAAUGAAGUCUUGGAAGAGUUGGACAUUCAUUCUCUUAACUUGGACCAGACUGCACUAGUUAUGAUAUCAGAAAAACUUCCGAAACUACGUUCUCUUGAUGUUAGUUUCUGUUUUAAUGCAGUAACCGAUACGUCUAUACAAGUGGUGUUCAAAAACCAAGUGUUUUUACACACAUUAAAAAUGAGUCAUUGCGACAAAGUAUCCGAUGCGGGUUUAACCGGUAUGGGGAAAGUAGAAACUGAAGGUGAUGACGAAGGUCCUAUUAUGUCGACAUAUGAUGACGCAGAACCUCAUCCUAGAAUAUACUUGGGUUCGAGAGCAGAAGAAGAAAUAGUGCGUGAUGCGAGAAGAAAACGCGAUGUAAUGCGUAUGUGUGAGAAGUUGACAAUGGAUAACUUCACAGGCUACUCACUGGCGCGUAUGAAAGGCCUCAGAGAAUUGGAUGUCAGCAGCUGUAACAAGAUUACCGAUGUCAGCUUGACAUACGCGUUUAACUUCAAAGAGCUUGUUAACUUAAACCUAAGCCGAUGUCAGCAAAUAACGCAUGAAGGAAUAGAACAUCUUGUGAAAAACUGCCCCUCAAUUGAAUUGUUAAACUUAAUUGACUGUUACAAUUUGAAAGAUGAGGCUAUCAAAGAAAUAGUAAAAUACCUCAAGAGACUACAGCAGCUGGAAUUACGGGGCUGCAACCAGUUAACAGAUCAGACUUUGGAAGCUGUAAGAUCUCACUGUGAGAAACUGAAGUUUUUGGAUGUGCAAGGUUGUCGCAACAUGUCUCCUGAACUCGCAUGCUCGAUUGGCAGUCUACCGUCUCUGCAUACUGUGCUAAUGUCUAAACCUAAAACGGACCCAACGCCUAUUUCUGCUCGACCCAUGUUCAAAAACAACGCAUUUUUUGGACUUUUGCGAUUACACUAACACAAUUAAUCUGUAAACUGAAAGGUUGCUUUUGUGAGAGUUGAAUUAAUAUUAGACAGAAUUUAUGUAAUCAUGCAGUAAAUUGUGUAAAUACGUCCUUUAUCUUCUAAAAUAGAAGAUAAGUAAUGAUUAACCGUGGCUGUGCGCUUGUUUGUAUAUUAAUCACCUCACCUCAUGCAGUCUGCAGAUAUAAUUAACAUACUAUGUUUUGAUGAUAAUAACUACUGUUGUACUGUGAUGAUAAGUACCUAAUGUAACUGAACAACCAAUAUUGAAUCUUCUCUGUAAUGAAUGAUCUGUCAAGUUAACAGGGACUGUUCGUAGUAUUCCAAGCACAGUAUAGUCGACGUAUCACGUAACAACUUAGUUGUAAACACUUAAUAACACGAUGAACUAAACUGACAGACAUCCAGUAUUACAUCUUAUUUUAUAUAUUUAUAUUUAAAAAAGUCGAUCAGACGAUGCCAGAACGACUUACUUCAACUUACUUAAUCUCAGUAAGGGGAUAAGCAGCGCCCGCUCUAGUGGUUACGUCGCUGCCGAAAAAAAAACAAAUUGGUAAAGAAAUUAAGCGAAAUACAAUAAAUAUACUUUAACAAGAAAAUGACCCCAAGAGCGCGUGCAGAUAUGUCGUAAACAUUACACUUCUACUUUCAAAAUCAUUCCAUUUAUUAUUCUGAAAUGUGAUAAUAAUGUAGGUACCUAAAUUAUUUUACUAAAACGUAUGUACCUAAUAUUUGUAUUUAAUUAUUGUUUAACCUUAUUUACAGAAAAUCACUUGAUUAUUGAAUACCUAUAUUGUAAAUGUUGUCCACAGCUUUUUAACUACCUACCUACGCGCCCAAGUAUCAGGUACAGAAGGAUUUCAUAAAAACUAUUAAUAAAAAAGAACUAAAUAAAUUAUUAAUAUUAUUUGCAUUGUAUAAUUAUUUUUGACACUCAGUCGACUAAUGGUAAUCAUUGUACGAACUUAGUAUAAGUUCGAUUUUUAUUUGUAUUAUUUAUUUAGCUUUCCUCGCAGGAUUCUGAAGUGCAUGUAGCUGUGAUAUAGUAACAUUUGUAAUUACCUAUAAAUUGUUUUAAACAGUACAAAUAUAAUAUGUAUGCCUAGCAAUAAAUUAUUUUGAAAGAUG